AUGAAGACUGGGGCUCACCAGGCUUUUUUCCUCCCCCACUUUCCCCCUGUACAAUCGUGGGUUCAGCGGGAGGUCGCGCGGGGAGUCGCACUGUGUCAGUCGCGGUUAGGCCUCGCUUCCCGUGGCCCGAGUCUGCCAGGACAGCUGCUGCCCCAGGAGGGCGGCCUCUCCUCCCCUCCUCACCCAGCCGGCAGGUGUCUCCAGCCCCAGAUCCUAACAGUGGAAAGGAUGGGGGGCCGGCAAAUCAUUCCCUCAGACCACCGCGGGGUCUACCCAUCCCUCAGCAUCACCCCUUCCCAGCUGCUCCCUCUUUUUAAAGCGUGA